AUGUCGGACCCGACGUGGGACACCUCCAAGGAGAACUUCCAGCCUUUAAAGAGGGGUCGCGACGCUAAGAUGCUCGAUCAAGUUACGGGCAUGGCCAACGGCGAGCGCGCGACGAAGAUCAAGGAGGAACGAAGCGCCUUUUGGAACGCUAUCGCCACAUACGACGGUGAUGACCCGCUCGAGGUGUGGGUGAGGUUCAUCAAGUGGACGGAGCAGAUGUUCACGUCCGGUGGACGCGAGACCGAGGUGCUUCCCCUCCUCGAGCGGUGCACCCGCGAGCUUCAAGAGGUGCCGCGCUACAGGGAUGACGUGCGAUAUCUCCGCAUCUGGGUCAAGUACGCCGACUGCUGCAAGGAACCGCACGACAUAUUCAAGUUCCUUCAGGCGAACGACGUCGGCCAGCGUCACACACUGUUCUACGAGGCCUACGCCGCAUUCCUCGAGAUCCGCGGCGCGUUCAAGCAGGCGGGUGAGGUAUACGACCGCGGCAUCCUCAUGCGCGCAGAGCCCACGCAGAGGCUCAAGGAAAAGCUCGCGCAGUUUCAACACCGCAUGAUGAAACGUAAGCAGCGCAAGAUGGAGGAGGGCGGCGCCCUCGAGGAGGAAGGAGAGGGCGAGACGCGGAGGUUCGGUGAGGUUGGCGCCGCCGCGAGGGGCGGGAGCGCAAACGCCGAGAACCCAGGCGGCGCCGUGCGCAGCGGCGGCGGUGGCGCCGCGGGUGUCGUGGGAUCGAGGGCCCGCGGCCUCGGUGGCACGGGCGGUGUCGGUGGCGGUCGCACGCCCAAGCGUUCCAACGAGAACGACGGCGGUCUGGAGAUUUACUGCGACGAGGAGGACGGGGUGGCUCCAUCCGCGGCUCCAGCACCAUGGAAGAACCUCGGCAAGUACACCGAGACCCGCAAAGAAAACACGAGGGGAGCCACGCAGUGGACGGGUCAGGGCCUCGGGAACAAACGAUCGAGGCCCGGACAGGCUAGCGCCGUCACUCCCGCCCCAGACCUCGAUAUUUACGAGGAUGAGGACCUCGCGCAGGCUGAGGCUGAGGCUGCGGCGAACGCGGGUUUGAUGUCCAAGUCGACCUCGAAGCCCCCGCCCACCAACGCGCUCCGCCGCCGCCUCGACGCCGCGAACCCCAACCUCGCGAGUAAUCCCAUGCUGCACCACGGCAAGGGGGCGCCCGAGCCCGAGCCCAUCGCCGGCGAGCGACCCAAGACGUUCUAUGGCGGCUACAACCCCGCGGAUACGGUCAACAAUUUUGGCGAGGAGGUGUGCUACGAGGAGCGCCGCGCCGCGAGGUGGGAGGUCGCGAACGGCCCGGUGGCGGCACAGAAGCCCGCCCCGGGGCUAAUCAUCGGCCGUGAGACUAAGGAGGAGGACAUGGAGCUCGAUGCGACCGUGGCUGUGCCCACGACCAUUGGGGGUGUGCCAGCUGAGGUGACGGCGACAACCGUGCAGGUCAUGCAGAACCCCAAGCUGGACGUCGCCGAGGUGCAGACGGCGGCACCACCCGAGUCCGUGCCCCAGCAUUCCUUUGGAUCAUGCGGUGCUCCCCCGUCGGAUGUCGGCAGCGGUGUGCAAGGACGCGCGCUGGAGCGACCGACUGACGAGGCCCAGGGCGUGCCACCGGCGGGCGCCGCGCAGCCAGUUGCCGCCGCCGUACCCGCGGGUCUUCGCUGGACCGCCACGGAGGGUGGAACAUACGGUAUGAACGAGCCGACGAUGACUUUGACCACCAAGGAGGCGUGGGGUGACAUCAUGUCAAUGUUUUCCGGAGGACUUGAGGCUGAGCGCGCCACAAAUCCAGCGGAAAUGGGCGACGCCGCCGCCACCGCCGCUCUCGCACCAAUCAAAGAGGCAAACACCCCAGCGCAGAAGGCUGACGAGACGGAGAGCUUCGCGAUUUACGAGGAUACCUGUUUGCUGUCCAAGGAAGCUGUCGCCGCGGUCGCCGCGCCCAAACAGCAAUCGCCCAUUGCUGAUCUCGAGAUUCGAGAGGAUACCGUUGUGUUGCCGCCCAUCGCUGCCACCCCCAGGCCUGCUGCGUUUGGCGCAAACGCCGCAAAGACCCCAGCGAUGCACGGACGGACGCCACUGGCGGCGAUGCCGAUGAGAACCCCCCUUGCUCCCACCACGGCGACGCGCCAGCCCCUCGCGACCAAGACAGGCGCGGCGGCCAUGCCUCCGUCCGCACCAGUGGCUGGGAAAGCCGCAGCUGACGAGAACGAAUUUGCCGUGUACGAGGAUCCCACUGAGCAGAUACCCAGCGGAGCGCACUCCCAGGCUGUGAGCAUGCAGCCCCCCGCAGCACCCGCGAACACCCCGAUGCCGAGUGAUGACGGUGGCUUUGACGUUUACCAGGACACCAUGCAUAUCGACCCGGCAAUGAUGGCCGAGGCGAUGAGACAGGGUGAAGGGUCGCAGGCGAGCGGCUCAGCUGGAAGCGCACAGCACACCAGGUAG